AUGAGUACCGCUGCCAGUCACAGCGUCGCCACCGCCGACGCCGACUACGUGCUCAGCGUCAAGUACAACGCCAAGGAGUACGACCGCUUGGUCACCGUCCUCGGCAAGGGCGGCUUCGCCGUCGUCGCCGCCGCCGGCGCUGCCCCUGACCAAUUGUUGAUCUUCGUCAAACUUGCCGCCCAGGAAUUGGACAUCCAGGCCCAGAACGACAUGGUCAGAGGCUUUGAAGUGGGUGUCACCGCCAAGGACACCACCGACGCCUCCCGGUUGCGCAUUAUCUACACCUAUCUUUCGUCGCCGGAAGCGGUGGGUGGGUUAGCCAUUGACCGGGCCCACUACCCCAAUUUGUUGGCGGUGUUCCCCGCCACCGACGCCGCCAAGGCCAAGCCGUUGGCGCAGGCGCUCGCUCAGCCGCCAGCGUUGCAAGCGGUGACGGCGACCUACGGCGCCGAGGUGGGGCUCUACUUCGAGUUUGCCAAGUUCUACAUCACCUGGUUGGGCUACCUUUCCGUGUUCGGCGCCAUUGGCUACUUGUGGCACCGCAAGGUGUUCUCGUUGUCCUACACUUUCAUCAACUUGGUGUGGGGGCUCCUCUUCAUCACGUUGUGGCGCGCCCGCCAGCAAGGGUUAGUGCUGCAAUGGGGCAUCCAACACUGCCACCGGGUCGACGACCACCAGCAGCAAUUGGCCCGCAUCAACACCAACCGGCCCGCGUCGGAAGUGCAAGCGUUUGACGCCAAACGGUUCAUCAAGCAGUUGGCGUUCACCCCCGUGGCCUUGGGAUUCACCGCGGUGUUGGUCCUGUACCAGUUGUUGUGUUUUGUCAUUGAGAUCUUCCUUACCCACAUCUACGACGGUCCGUUCAAGCUGGUGUUGACCUUCAUCCCCACGGUGUUGAUCGUGGGGUUCGUGCCGAUCUUGCUGGCGGUGUACGACAUUGUCCAGCGUAAGUUCAUCGACUGGGAAGGCCACGACACCGAAAAGCUGCGGGAAAAGUCUAAAGUGGUCAAGGGGUUUGUCCUCAACUUCUUGACGCUGUACGUGCCCCUCAUCAUCACCCUGUUCAUCUACUUGCCGUUCGCCCACCUUCUUGAGCCCGAGCUCGACGUGUUGAGACUGUACAUCGACGGCAAGGUCGACCACAACGCCUUCUACUACCGCUACGUGGCGCUGCUCAAGCUGCUGCGCGACUUCCAGAUCAACCAGCACCGUCUCACCAACCAGUUUUUCUUCUACAUCGUCACCUCGCAAGUGAUCAACCUUGUCACCAAGUACGUCGUCCCCGUGAUCAUCAACCAAGUGAAGUACAACGUCAACAGCUUCAACCAAGUGGUGGGCAAAAAUGACGACCCUCACGACCACGCGUUUUUGCAGCACGUGAGACAAUUGGUCACCCUCCCUGAGUUCGAUGUCCACACCAACUACCGCGGCCUCGUUACCCAGUACGGCUACCUCAUCUUGUUUGGCCCCGUGUGGCCGCUUGCCCCCAUCGCCUGUGCCAUCUUUAACCUCAUCACCUUCCGUCUUGACCUUGCUACCGUCACUCUGGGCAAGUUCAAGCAACCCCCCAUCCCCCGCCGGGUGGACCUGAUUGCUCCCUGGAACUACGCGUUGUUUGGCCUCACCUGGAUCGCGCUGGCGUUGCUGCCGGUGGUCACCGCAUUCUACCGCCACGGCACCAUUCCCCCCAAGCCCUCCGGCCAGUGGUCGUUGAACAACGCCCUGGUGAACUUGGAGUCGCUGAUCAAGAUCGUCUUGCUUUUGUUGGUGCUGGAACACGGCUUCCUCAUCGCCUACCACUCCCUCAACAAGUUGUUGUCGUUCGUUGACAUUGCUCACGACCAAGACUUCAUCGACACUGACAUCAAGUUGAGACGUGACUUCUACAAGCAGCACUUGGAAUCCAAGUUCAAGAUCCCCGCCGACAGCCACGCCCCGGUGUGGAAGCAGAGCACGGCGCUGAAGGCAUUGGAACAAGGACCGUUGAUUGUCAAGACUCAGGGCGAAUUGCAAAAGCAGCACAAGGCUCAGCAACAACAAAAGCAUCAACAAAAGCAUGUUUCUUACGAUGACUCGAAGGAAAAGCAACGUCAACAACAGGAACCAGUAGUGGUGGCUCAAGGCUUUAACGCUCGCGAAGCUCAGGCUGAUGGCACUUCCACCGUUAAGAACCGCGGCGUCGCCAUCGUGGAAGACCCCAACAGCGGUACCCACACCAUCACUGAACCGAGUAUUGAAGAAGGCUUGCGCAGACGGAUGACUAAGGACGACGACAUCAUCACCAACCCUGACGGUUCUCUCUCUACAUUCGACACCAGAUCCAAGCACGUGACUGAUUUACCCCCGACAAGCAACAACGAACAAGUGAUCCCCUCGAAGCAAGACCAGACUCAACCAUCGACUCAAUCGAAAGCUAUUCCUCAACACCGCGAGGCGUUGGUGACUGAGCCCACCCUGAAUACCCUGCUGGUGUACUCCGGCACUCCUGUUGACAACGCUGCUAAGCAAGGUGCUGCCUCCCACACUGGCGUCGGGUCUACUAGUGCUCCCACCGGUGCCGCCAACGGCGCUCCCGGUGCUCAUGGUACUUCUUCUGGUGCUCACACUUCUGGUUUGUCUAAUGUUACCUCUGGUAUCCCCGGAACUCCCGUCAAUGCUCCCACUGGUUCUCAACCCACUUAUGCUCGUGAAGGUAUUGAUGGCGCUAAGCCCACUGGCUCUGGCACCGCUGGCUCGUCUCUGAAGCAAGUCCCUGCCAACGCUACUUCUAAGCAAGCACCCAUCAAUGCUACCGGUACUUCCGUGCCCGUUGGUGGCCACUCUGCUGGUUCUGCUGCUGGUUCCUCCAAGCAAACUGCCCCUGGUUCCUCUACUGGUGCUGCUGGCUCGACCGCUGGCUCUGGUCCCACUGCUCGUACCGUAACUGGUGCUUCUGAUGCUGGUAUUGUUGGUGUCGCUGGUGGUGCCGCUGUGCCUGCCUCUCCUCGCUCAUCUGCUGCUUCCAAGGUCGCUUCGGGUUCGUCUCAGGGCUCGCAAAUCAAACCCGUGGCUGUCAUCACUAAGGACCCUCAGGGCAACCCCACUCUGACUACUCGCGGACUCGAGGAAAUCACUGCUGAUGGCAUCAAAACCAUUGUCACCGAACUGACGGUGGCUACUCCCGAAGGUGUCGAAAAGGUUACUCAAGUGGUGAAGGAAAUUCCCAAGGACGGCUCUCUUGAUGCCACCGGUGCUGCCAUUGCCGAUAAGGCUAAGGGUUUGCGUGAAACGGUGGCCGAUGGCCUGAAGACUACCGUUGUGGAAACCCUCGAACUGGCGACGAAAAAGGUGGAGACCGUGACCCAAUCGCACUCGCUUGAAACCGCGCCUAAAAAUGCCGACGAAUUGGCCCACACCCUGAAGGAAGAGUACGCGCUGUUCAUCGAGAAGUCCAAGGAACAAGCUAAGGAAAUCGCCACUGCUGUCGAAAACCUGGGCAGCGCCGCCAAGAAAGAGGCCAUCGAGUCUACUGCCGCCGGUGGUACUAAAGUGGUGCUGUCCCUGGGUGGUCUGACUACGGCGAAGGCCGCUGAAGGAGGACACCACAACCACCGCCACCAUCUUGGCAAGCAAAGCCCCGAUAAGCCGCUGCUGGUGAGCCUGGAACAGCUGUCGUCGAAGGCUAAAAAGCUGCUGUCUUUGAAAAAGUUUUUCAACAAGAUCUAA